ACAGCAGCAGCAACAGCAACAGCAGCAGCAACAACAGCAGCCGCAACAGCCGCAGCAACCACCGGCUACUAUAAGCAAUCCGCAGCACCAGCAACAGCAACAGCUGCAACAACCGCCACCACUGGCUCAACAAUCCAGCAUCCAAACGCAAACCCUCUCAUCGCAGGCCUCAUCACCACUGUCGCCGGCCACACAAUCGCUUCAGCAAACAGCACUUACCAGCCCCAGUCAACUGUCGAAGCAAUCGGAUGAGCUGGGCAAGGAUGAUUCCAGUGAUCCAGCCUCCGGUAUAGCCCCAUUAGCGACCGCCUCCACUGGUUUGGUGGGUCCCAGCAGUACACUCCCGCCAACGAUCGAUCAAACGGUAAAGGAUGCGGAAAAUAACGCGAAGAAUCGUAAGAAAAUCCAAACCCAAACCGUGCUGAAUCGGUCUGAUUCCACGGGGUCGAGCAGUGGGCGCAAGUUUCUCGCGCCCACCCUGUCCGAUCCGAUGCAGGCGAAGAACGAGAAGGAUCGGUAUCUGAGCAAGAAGAAGCAGCAUCAACAGCAGCAACAACAAAUGCAGUCCCGUGGUCCCUCAUCGGCAUCAAUGACCGGUAGUGGUGGUGCCGGUAAGGGUGCACACCUGACCGAGCUCAGUAGCCACAGCUUGCAUCUGCACUAUCAUCAUAGCUUCGGACAUGGGUACGGUGGUGGUGACCAUUCGCCUCAUUCGCACCAUCAUCAUCAUCAUCAUCAUGGUACCGGUCAGGGACAGAGCCAGCAGCAGCAACAGCAACCGCAGCAGCCGUCCUCGGCUCAACAGCAAGCGGGUAGUGCUGGAAGCAAGUUUGGUUCUCACUCGCACACCAACAUGAUCUACGAGGUACACGAUUGGUGGCAGGAGCAGGUCCUUAGCACCCACAGCGAGGAGGAAGACAAUUAAAGGAAUGUCUCUUCCCAAGAGGAAGACUUGUAGGACCACCGAUUCGUUAAAUGUGAGAACCGUAGCGACACCACCAUUUUCCGAUCGUCGUCCCUCCAGACUGCUAUCAGAGACCCGGGUGAAAAGGGGUUCCGUUGUUCUCUGUUUUGUGCAAAGGGGGUUUCAGAAGUCCUUUAUAACCGAGAAAUAGUUGUUUUUUAAAGAGUAAUGAAACAUGUUUGGGGGUUAUCUAGGUUGGAAGACGCCAUAUUUAUUAGUUGUUAUCGUUACCAGGUGUAAGCUGUAGAACCUAGGGUGACCUAAAGAAAGUAAAAACGUAUAUCGAGGCGGAAGCAAGCAUGGCUUGAUUCUACAGAAAAUGUUACAGAAAAGGAAGUGUUUGUUCGAAAUAACGUGCGUAGGGGGGCCUUUGGAUGUAUGCACUUGAAAGUAUAGCAUAGACUUGAGUCUAGAUGGGAUAGCAUUGUUUCAUUUGCCUUUUUGCUGCCGCCGGUUAACACGUUGAUAAGAUAAGAGUUAGUUAACCCUGAAGAAGCCGCACAGUCGUCUUCAAACUUUUUUUUCGUAGUGCCCAAGUGUGUCUACGUAGAAUGGCCAAAUCAAUUGUUCGACAAAAAAAACGAUAUUUUAGACAUAGA